AUGACUGAGCUGAAAGGAGAAUGGAUGAUUCGGCGGAUAUUGAAGACUGAGAUUCGAAAGGAUUCUGCUGGAAAAGAUGUCAAAUAUGCGCUCGUUGAUUGGGAAAAUUCGUGGAUUCCAAGGGCUGAACUUUCAAAUGGAACGGAGAAAAUUUUGCUAAAUGAUCACGUCAAGGUUCUCGGUCCGAUUGAAGACAAUAGAAUGAGGAUGCAAAAUAUCCAAAACGAGUGGGCAAUUGAGAUCAAACAUGAAAAUGGAACAUCAGAAAAACAACGACUCCCCUACAAAGAGCUGAAUGAACGCUUUCCGGGAUCGCUGCUUAAAUACUACGAGACGUUGGUGCAAUCGUCUAUGAGAAAUAUCCGACUCAUGCAACAGAAAAAGAGUUUACGAGAAAAGGAACAGAAAUUGAAGCAGCACACCGAAAUAUCUUCUACGUCUUCUACUUCAUUGAACAUUGGAUCUUCAGUUGACUUAAGCAUAAAAUCCAAAGAGUCAAAUGUAAAAGAGUCAUCGGUACCCAGAAGAUCCGUGGAAAAACGAAGUUCUCCAUCGACUUUUGAAUCCAAUGAUGAACAUGGAAAUACCAAGGAUUCACCAAAUGAGCAAGAAAAGGAAAACACGAGGAAAUUGAGAAGAAAACCGGUGGAGUUGGAUACGGGAGAAAUGCAGGCUGGAACAUCACACCGACGGCAGACACCAAAUCGCACUUGUCGUUCCAGCGUCCAUUAUGAGGAACAACUU